UAAAACGGAAGUGGCGGCGGGGGGCGUUUCCGGGGCAAGAUGGCGGCGGGGCCGGGCUCGGGGCGGAAGCUGGCGCAGCAGGACGAGCUGCGGCGGCUCAUGCGGGAGAAGCAGCGACAAAGCGCUGGGAAGAAGCGAAUCGAGGCGCCGUUCGCUAAAUAUAAUCGUUUGGGGCACUUAAAUUGUACGUUGUGCAACACCCAGAUUAAGGGUGAACUUUUGUGGCAAACACACAUACUAGGGAAACAACACAAAGAGAAAAUUGCAGAGUUAAAAGGUGCUAAACAGACAGUGCCUGGGCCUACAAUUAGCAUAUCAUCAUCUCAUCCUGCCAAAAGAAAAGUUUCUGACACAGAAAACCAAGAAGUAAAGAGAGCAAAAGGUUCAAAUGACCAGCCACAGACUUCUGCGUCUGGGCUACCCACAGAUUUUUUUGAUAAAGCAGAGCAUGCAGAAACAAAAACAAUGCCUUCAAAGGGUUCAGGUCCCAGUUUACUGACAGAAGAUUAUGAGGAGGAGGAGGAGGAAGAAGAAAAAGACGACAAUACUAGCAAACCAUCCAGUGUGCAAAAAAAUGAAAUUCCACCCCCAACUCAAGAAACAAUAGCUAAUGCUCUACCAGCAGAUUUCUUUGACAACAAAAUGACAGCUGCUCCCGUAGUCUCCCAUUCAGGGUCCAUUCAGAAAGCAGAAGUUCAAGAAAAGGUAGUGGAAAGGAAAGAAAACACUGCAGAAGCUUUACCAGAGGGAUUCUUUGAUGAUCCUGAGGUGGAUGCAAGGGUGCGAAAGGUUGAUGCUCCGAAGGAUCAGAUGGACAAAGAGUGGGACGAAUUUCAGAAGGCGAUGCGACAAGUCAACACAGUUUCAGAAGCAAUAGUGGCAGAAGAGGAUGAGGAGGGACGUUUGGAUCGUCAGAUUGGAGAAAUUGAUGAGCAGAUUGAAUGUUACCGCCGUGUUGAGCUGCUGCGUAACCGCCAGGAUGUUAUGAAAGAUAAAUUUAAGGAAGCCAUGAGAUUAAGAGCAACCCAGGAGAAAGAGGAUGAGGAUGUUGGUAGUGAAGAUGAAGGAGAAUUGCAGGAUUUGCUGUCUCAAGAUUGGAGAGUGAAAGGGGCUUUGUUGUAGCAUUUCAGUGGCAUGAUCAAUAUUCUGUUGAUCUGUGGUAUUACUAUUUUUUAUCAGAAGAUGUUUUUGUUAAAAUAUUUAUUUUUAAGAAGGAUCGUGCUGAUACUAAUGAGGUUAACUGUAAAAAGUGUCUAUCUCUAAGUCUAAAAUGGAGUAUUAUUUUGUGUAAAGGUUGUACAUGUUUUACAAGUUUGAAUAUAACUUUCCUAUUAAAAUUAUAAUU